GCCUCCCGCCCCCCCGCCGCGCUCGCCUUACCCCCCCCGUCCCAGCGCCGGCAUGGACGGACUGCGGCUGCCGCCCGUCAUCGAGGAGGUGGCGGACCCCGCAGAUGAUCUCUGUGAACUGAAACCAGACAAGCCCGGCAUGGAGGCGGAGCUCACCGCCAAGGAGAAAGAGGCGCUGGAGGAGAACGAGGAGAAGCCGGGGAGGGACGGCGAGGCGGGCGAUGUGGAGAAGGAGCAGGAGGGAGGGGAGGAGAAGGAGGUGAAGGAGGAGAAGGCUGGGGAGGGGACCAUGGAGCUGCCUGUCUCGGAGGAGCAGGAGCUGGAGGAGCUGAGGUCCCAGGUCCUGCAGCUGCUCCUGGAGCUUGAGGAGGCCAGGGAGGUGUCCCAGAAACACGAGGAGAGCUUCCGGGAGCUGCAAGGUCUUUUGGAGGACGAGCGUUUGGCCAGUGCUCACCAAGCAGAGACCUUCACACGGCAGAUUCAGAGACUGCAAGCCCAGCUGCGGUCGGUGCAGGAGGAGAUGGACAGCCUGGAGGAGGAGAAGGAGAGCGAGCUGACGGAGGCGCAGGAGGAGCUGCGGGCGGCGCAGGAGGAGGUGCUGGUGCUGCAGCAGGCGGCCGAGGAGGCGGCGGCCGAGCGGGAGAACGACAUCGCCAGCCUGCAGGAGGAGCUGUGCCGCCUGAGGGCGGAGCUCCAGCGCCUCCACGCCACCACCCAGGAGUACGAGCUGGAGAUCACCACGCUGCGCGCCGAGAUCAGCAUGAAGAGCCAGCGCAAGGAGGAGGAGAGGAGAGAAGGGUCAGGCGACAUGGGCCUGUUGAAGGAGGAGUGCCGCAGCCUGAAGGAGGAGUGUCAGGCCCUGCAGGACAACAACCGGCAGCUGACGGAGAGACUCCGGCAGCUUCAGCUGGAGAGGAAGGGCUCCAACGACGUCUACAUGGCCGUGAAGGAGGAGGAGGAGGGGAAGGAGGGUGGCGGCGAGGAGGGCGUGGCCGGGGACGAGGCUGCCGAGGCCAGCGGGGACGGGACGUACAUGAGCGUGGCCGAGCCCAGGGCCAACUCCCGCCGGGUGGACGCCUCCAUCCAGAAGAACAUCUCCUUCGAGGGCAAGCCCGUCACCCCCAGCAGCUGGAACGGGGGCUUCGCCGAGAUCUUCUCCCUGCGGGACCAGCUGAAGCAGGCCGAGGAGAAGGCCUCCGAGGUGCAGAGGGCGUGUGACGGGCUGAAGGCGGAGCUGCAGGAGCUGCAGGGCCUGUACGAGAGCAGCCAGAGCGAGCGGGCGGAGCUGGAGAAGGAGCUGCUGAAGUGCCGCCAGGAACUGGAGAGGCUGACGGGGGGGAAGGCGCAGAACUCCACUCCUCCGUCUGAGCCCCCUGUUCUCUCCAUCCCCUUCAUAGGAAUGAUUGUAAUAGUGGCCCUGAUAUGGUGCUGGUGGGCGGAGCUCUCCUCCUAGAAGGGACCAGGUACGAGUAUGUCAUUUCCUUUGUCUUCCCAGAAGGCCCCGCGGCUCCCCAGAUCCACAGAACAGACCCCACACGGCGAAAGCCAUUUUGAAAGUGAGAGGGGGGGGAGGAAAAAACAAGGCCAUACUGUGUAUUGUCAGUCCCAUACCUGUUAAACCACACUGUAAUUACAGCUAGGUAACUGCUAAUUAAAUAGACAGGAGAACAUGGGUUUGCAGUUAGCCUUAGCUUUAGCUUUGGAGAUGGGAGCAGUCAGCUGACCUUACUGAGAAAAUGUGCUUUCAUUUAGUGCAAACAUACAUAUGGACAUAGCAAUUGCCGUGUAAUUGUAUGAGCAUGUUUAAGGCCUCAGUCAUAUGGCAAGACAUAAAACAGCAUGUAUACGAGUAUUCAUUCUUUUUGCACAUAAAAAUAGGUGUAAGUUAACAAGCUUAUGAGUACUUUAAAAAACUGGAUCAUAGUACAGGAAGCAGACAGACACAGUGCGAGAGGGCAGUAAUGAAAGGCAGAUUCCUCCACAUUUUCCUCCUGUUUCAAGCCUGCUGGUGUAUGUUACAGUCGUAGCACUGCUACACUUGCCUAAAGGGGUAGAUCUUUCAGCUUUGUGCUUGGCCAAAAAACAGACUCCCCAAGCAAUGUCUUACCAGCGCGACUGUGGUGCCAACCAUGAAUGCUUUCACUACACCUAGGACACCACGUUCUACCUCUGUGACAUUCACACCAUAUGACACUGUAGCAAAAAACACAGGAUAGAAAUUUCAAAGUGUGGAGACAAUGCAGAAGGUCACUUUUAAGGUUAAAAGAUCCCGUCGAAAGACACACACAGCGAUGAGAAACAAAAACUCCAUGGACUUUUGUUCGAACAGGACGGCAUUGAAAUGUUGACAAUCGCAGCGCUGUUUGAGUGCUUUGGAAUGGCGUCCCUACUCGACAAGCAGGACGAUGGGGAAAGAAACAUUCCCGGCCUGUUACAUGACUGCGAGUUUCCGACACAUCCAGUUGCAGAAAACACAGUACCGUGGUGGUAUCGAUGGCCCCUCCCGGGACCUGUGAAGGUUACUGUUUGAGCCAAAAUGGAUGACGCAACGCUGGAUUCCAGCAAACGCUGAUCAGCACCGCAGAGAGCAGAGUAGCAGCCAGUCAGCCUGGGUCUUGCGUAAGGGUGGGCCGUGCUGGCUGAGCAAAUAAGUUCAAGGAGGGGAAAUGAACUUGCCCGUGGAAUGAAGGAAUGCAACAAAAGUGUGUGUAUUGAGAUGGAACAAGUGACAGGAGAGUGAGAAUGUGUGUGUUGUGUGUGUGUGUGAGUGAGAGGCUGACAACAGAGAGCCUCAUUGGGUGUCUCCUGCCUUACAUCAUUUUUAGACUCACAAACACACCUCAGUCCUGCAAGCACAAAACGUCACCCAAAGCUUUUGGCCCUGGGGCUGGAAACAAUUGUACAGAACUGUG